UAUCAAAUAAAAAUUGGGGUUUGGUCCAUUUACUUGUUUUAGUUGUCAUUGUUUGAAGAUAACAUUCUUUAAUGUCAAUUAUUAAGGGAAUUAGGUUGUAUCUGUAUUCUGUAUUGUACUGGAAAGUUCAUAGUGUGGUUUUAAGGUUUAUUAAUUCUAGUGCAGGUCUGCAUCAAGGUAUUGGAUUUUGGAGAUAUUUUGGGAAAGUUAUGGUGUUUUUUGAUUGGUCGAAUCGGGGACCGACGACGAGACAGGUAGGGAAGGUUUUAUUGAAGUCAGGGUAUGGUUGGAUAUCAUGGAUACAUAUUGUGAUUGUCUAAUUGGGAUGUUUAUCAAGUGUUUGUAUCAAGUUUUGUGAGAAUUUUUAGGCCUUUGUAUGAAUUCGAAUAUGUCGGUGUUAUUCGAAAGAUCUUGUUAGUUUGACAUGAGUAGCGGUAAAACAAUAGUUUGGUUCAGGAGGGACCUCAGGAUUGAAGACAAUCCUGCUUUAGCAGCUGCUGCAAGGGACGGUAGUGUAUUUCCGGUUUAUAUAUGGUGUCCUGAAGAGGAAGGGCAGUUUUACCCGGGUCGAGUUUCACGAUGGUGGCUUAAGCAAUCUCUUGCUCAUUUGGAGCAGUCAUUGAAGUCUCUUGGGGCUGAACUUGUGAUGAUUAAGACCCAAAGUACCCUUUCAGCUCUUUUAGAUUGCAUCAAAGCUACUGAGGCGACGAAAGUUGUAGUCAACCGUCUUUACGAUCCUGUUUCGCUGGUUCGUGAUCAUAGCAUCGAAGAGAAACUAGCAGAGGUUGGCAUCUCCGUGCAAAGCUAUAAUGGAGAUUUGUUGUAUGAACCAUGGGAGAUAUACGAUGAUGAGGGACGAGCUUUUUCAACCUUUGAUGCAUAUUGGGACAAGUGCUUGAACAUGCAAAUGGAACCGGUUUCACUUCUUCCCCCGUGGAGAUUGAUGCCAGCUGCAGUUACAGGGACGGUUGAAAGGUGCACAAUUGAAGGUUUGGGGCUUGAAAAUGAAUUGGAAAAAUCUAGCAAUGCUUUGUUAGGAAGAGGAUGUUCUCCGGGUUGGAGCAAUGCCGAUAAGGCUCUAACUGAGUUUGUCGAACAGAAUUUAUUUGACUAUUCGAAAAGUAGAUUCAAGGUUGGGGCCAGCUCAACAUCACUUUUGUCCCCAUAUCUUCAUUUUGGAGAGAUAAGUGUCAGGAAAGUUUUCCGGUGUGUACGUAUGAAACAGAUACUAUGGCGAAGAGAAUGGAAGUCUCAAGGGGAAGAGAGUGUCAAUCUAUUUUUAAAGGCUAUCGGGCUUAGAGAAUACUCUCGUUAUCUUUGUUUCAACUAUCCGUUCACUCAUGAGAGAUCGUUAUUGAGAAACAUGAAGUAUUUUCCUUGGAAUGCUGAUGCGGACCAUUUUAAGGUAUGGAGACAAGGUCGGACAGGAUAUCCAUUAGUGGAUGCAGGAAUGAGGGAGCUUUGGGCAACCGGUUGGAUACACAACAGAAUAAGAGUGAUUGUUUCGAGUUUCGCGGUGAAGUUUCUACUUCUUCCAUGGAAGUGGGGAAUGAAAUAUUUCUGGGACACACUUCUGGAUGCAGAUUUGGAAUGUGAUAUUCUUGGUUGGCAGUACAUCUCCGGGAGUUUACCAGAUGGUCAAGAGCUAGAACAAUUAGACUGCCCGCAGAUUCAAGGCUCCAAAUUUGACCCUGAAGGUGAAUACGUAAGGCAAUGGCUGCCAGAGUUAGCAAGGAUGCCAAUCGAGUGGAUCCAUCAUCCAUGGGAUGCACCUCUUACCGUGCUUAAAGCUGCAGGUGUCGAGUUGGGCUUAAACUAUCCGAAACCCAUAAUAGAUAUAGAUAAAGCUCGAGAACAUCUAAGAGAAGCUAUAUUUAAAAUGUGGGAAAUGGAAGCAGCUGCAAAAUCCGCAACUUCAGAUCAGAUGAAUGAAGAUGUUUUCGAUAAUUCUGAUAGUAUCAAGACCUCUGCCAUCCUGAAAGUUAUCCCAAAGGAAAAGUCUUCAUGUCUGACGUAUUCAUCUAAUGAUCAAAGGGUGCCAUCAUUUCAAAACUGCAACAAUGGUUUGUUGCCUAGGAAGAGACCAUUACCUGUAGAUGAAGAGAAGUUGCAUAUGGAUAAACCGAAUAAGCAGAAUAAAGAAGCAGGGACCUCAGGAAGAGAAGACUUAUGCUCGACGGCUGAAUCUUCGGCAUCUAAGAAGCAGAAGAGUACUAGUAGUACUAGCACUAGCAUAAUUUCAUUCACAGUUCCACAGUAUUGCUCCUCAUCCGAUGGCAGACCUUUUCAGGACCACGAAUCUUCCAAUCUCAACCUAACAUGGCACGAAAAGAUUUGACUUGGAACAGGCUUCCAACAAAAAUGCAUUGCAGGAGUUUUAAGACAAUAGUCGCCUGUAUCUCUCUUGUAUUCCCAGCAGUGUUCUGAUAAAGAAAACCGAAAUGGUCAGUUCACGAAUACCCUCCUUUUAGACUGUUUCAUCAGGGCUUGACUAACAUAAAAGUUUCCUCUCAUAUGCAUAUGGUAUAUGUGUUUAUAUUCCCUUUUAGAUAUUGUUCCAAGCAUAGAGAAAUCGACUAAAUAACCAGGGUUUCAACUUAUGUUUUCGUGUUCUUGGAAACAAUUGAGUUACGGUUAUGCAAUCAAGGUCACAUCUUGUAGUACAUUUGAUGAAAUGAAACUAUUACUUCUAUUGUUGGUUUA